AUGGAUUGGUCUAAUAAGCUUGAUGAUGCGUUAUGGGCUUAUCAGACAGCUUUUAAAACGCCAAUUGGUACAUCUCCUUACCGUCUUGUAUAUGGUAAAGCUUGUCACUUGCCAUUUGAACUGGAGCAUAGGGCGCAAUGGGCAUUAAAAAAGUUGAAUUUCGAUCCAGUAGCUUCGAAAGCAUUAAGGCUAGCUCAACUGAAUGAGCUAGAUGAAUUGCGUCAUGAUUCCUAUGAGAAUGCAAGAAUCUACAAAGAGAAGACAAAGAAAUGGCAUGACAACAAUAUUGUCAAUCGGACUUUUCAGGUGGGCGAUAAGAUUCAACAAGGUGAUUCUUCGCCGUUUAAAGUUAAUGGACAGCGGGUGAAGCAUUACUAUGGAGGUGAAAUUGAGAAGAUACUCUAG